AUGAAUAUGUUGAACGUAAAUCGUUAUAUUAAAUUGAUUGAUAAAUAUAUAUUAAUAAAUAUUCGUUAUUUAUCGAUAAGUAAAUCAGAUUUAAUUGAAUCAAGUCGAAAUAUUCAAGAAUUACUUAAAUCAACAGUAGAUAAAACAUCAACAUCAACAUAUCUUUAUAAAUCGUUAAAUAUAAUUCAUGAUGAAUAUUCAUCAAAAUCUUUAGCAACAUCAACAAAAGAAAUUUAUCAAAAAAAUUCAUCAAAAUUAAAUUCAAUAUAUAUUAAAAUUGAAAAUGAACGAAUAAAUGAAAUAGGAGAUUUUAAACAAGAUAAUCAAGAUAAAUUAAUUAUUCUUCUUCGAUAUAUUCGUUAUUUACAAGUUGCUUUUAUUUAUCGACUUAUAACAUAUGAUAUUAAUACAACUUUAAAACAAACUUCAAAUUCAAUUAUACAUAUAACUCAACAUCAACACAAUUUAAAUGAAAAUUCAUUAUCAUUAUUAUGUGAAUUAUCAUUUUUUGUUUAUUAUUUAUCAUCAAAUAAUUGUUUAUCUUAUGUUAAAUCAUUAUUAUCAUCAACAUUAAUUAAUAAAUAUAUAUCAAAUUAUUUCUAUAAUAUAUUAUCUGAUAAACAAGGGCCAAUUGAAUUAGUAAAUCAACUUUCAUUAACAUUUAAUUCAAUAUUAGAAAUUCCUUCAUCAUCAACAAUUGAUUUAUGGAUUACUAAACUAAUUAAUUAUAUUUAUUAUAGACGAUAUUGUUCAUUAUCAAUAAUUAAAUAUAUUAUAUUAAUUAAACAUUCAUCUAUUGAUAAUAAGAAUUCAUCUAAAUAUUUAUCUAUAUUAAAUGAAUAUUUAAUUCAAAUUGGAAUUCAUCAAUAUGAUUUAUAUAUUAUUUGUCAAUUACUUAUAUUAAUAUCUUCAUUUAAUUAUUCACAUGAAUUAUUUAUAAAACAAAUAAUUGAAAUAAUUAAAAAAAAUCUUAAAAAACCCCAAGAUAAAAUAAAUCCAUUAUCAGAUAUUAAAUUAUGUUCUCGUUUUAUUUAUUAUUUAUGUUUAACUGAUCCAACAAAUAAAUUUCAAUCUCGUCAAAUAAUUGUUGAAUUAAGUCAAAUAUUAUUAAAUCAAUUAGAUAAAGAUAAAAAAUCUCUUAAAUGGAUUGUUCAAGCUCAAUAUGGAAUGAUGCUUUUAAAUAUUUAUAAUUAUAAACUUUCUUUUUAUACAGUUAAUCAACAAAUAUUUCCUUUCAUUUUUCGAGAUGUUGGUGUUUCAACAUGGUCAAUACCUCGACAAUUAUUUGAUAUUAAUCAUGUUUUAUCUAUUGAUCGACCUUUACUUAAAACAAAUUUACUCAAUUCUAAAAUGAUUUCAUUUAGUAAAAAAAUAUCUGAUCAAUAUCGAUCAUCAAUUCGAUCAAAUCAAAAAUCUUAUUAUAAAUUUUUAAAUGAAUUAAAUCAAUUCUUUAAUAAUACAUAUGGAUAUGGAACAUCGAAAAUAAUUGAUACUAACAUUUAUUAUCCAUAUUUACUUUUUGAUUUUUUAGAAAUAAAUUUACCCGAUAAUGAUCAAUUUAAGUCAAUUGGUAUAAACACAAAACAAAGAAUAGCUGUACUUCCAAUAUUAAAUUCAAUGUUAAUAAAACAACAACGAUCAGAUGGAUCAAUUGUUCGUCUACUUAGUGCACAUACAACAAUGAGAUAUAGAAUUAUUGAAAAAUCAAAUUAUUUUAUUCAACUGAUUUUUCAUGAUGAAUAUAUUCGGGCACUUCGACAUAAUACAAUAAAAACAACUUUUGAGACAAAUUUAGCUCUGAAAACUAUUCCUCAUUAUUCAGAUAAACAUAUUUAA